AUGAUCAAAGUUUUAGUUUUGCAAGUUAUAGGUGUUCUUCUCCUUGGUAGCCUUCAGUUCGGCCAUGCAAGAGUUCAACAUCAUACGUUCAUUGUGGAAGAAACGCCACAUACAAGGCUUUGCAGUAGCAAGAAGAUCUUGACGGUGAACGGGAGCUUUCCUGGGCCAACUCUAUUUGCCAACAGAGGGGACACAAUCAUCGUUGACGUCAUCAAUAAUGGGACUGAAAACAUAACCAUUCAUUGGCAUGGUGUGAAACAGCCAAGAUAUCCAUGGUCAGAUGGACCAGAAUUCAUAACACAAUGUCCUAUUCAACCUGGUAGAAACUUUAGCCAACAAAUCUUGCUAUCGGAUGAGGAAGGAACAUUAUGGUGGCAUGCUCAUAGCGAUUGGUCUCGAGCCACUGUGCAUGGGCAAAUUGUUGUCUCUCCUCCUAAUGGACCUGAGGGUUAUCCUUUUCCUAAGCCUCAAGGGGAAGUUCCCAUCAUUUUAGGAGAGUGGUGGAAAUCAGACAUACAAGAAGUUUUGAAUGAAUUCCUUGCUAGCGGAGGAGACCCAAAGAUCUCAGAUGCAUUCCUUAUCAAUGGUCAACCUGGGGAUAAAUACAAUUGCUCUAAAAAUGAUACAUUCAGGGUGACGGUGGAUAGUGGAAAGACAUAUCUGCUCCGAAUGGUGAACGCAGUAAUGAACAACAUCAUGUUCUUCUCCAUCGCAAACCACAACCUCACGGUGGUUGGGACCGACGGCGCGUACACAAAACCCUUCCAGGCACCCGUAGUCGUCAUAUCCCCCGGCCAGACCCUCGACCUCUUGCUCCACGCCGACCAAACCCCCAACCACUAUUACAUGGCGGCUAAGGCCUUAAACACCGCCGAUAGGGUUCUAUUCGACAACACCACAACCACCGCCUUCAUCCAAUACUCCGGCAACUAUACCCCGUCACCGUCACCGCCCUUCCCUAACCUCCCCGACCACAACGACAUCAACGCGUCCGUCGGCUUCACCUCGCAACUCAGAAGCUUAGCCGACAAUAAUGAUGUUCCACAGAACGUGUCGACUAAUCUGCUUUUCACGGUCUCCAUUAACACCCGACCGUGCGAAAGAAAUUCCUCAAACUGCACCGGACCGAGCGGGAGAAUGUUCGCCGCCAGCGUUAACAACAACAGUUACAUCCUCCCUCAGACCGACAUACUUGAGGCGUACUACUAUAGCACCAUCCUAAACCAGAGCGGCGCCGUCAACGACGUUUACGCAACCGACUUUCCGCCGUUUCCGCCCUUUGUUUUUGACUACACCAAUGCAACUCUCCCGUCGGAGCUGCAGCUGCCGGAGCGGAAUAAGACGGCGAAAGUGUUUGUGCUUGAGUAUGGGACGACGGUGGAGCUUGUUUACCAGGGCACGAAUUUGGUCGCUGGAAUCGACCAUCCCAUGCACUUGCAUGGAUACAGCUUUUACGUGGUCGGUUGGGGUUUCGGAAAUUUCGACAAAGACAAAGAUCCGCAGAACUAUAAUCUUGUCGAUCCUCCUCUGAUGAACACAAUUGCUCUUCCUAAAAACGCUUGGACAGCUAUCAGAUUCAAAGCAGAUAAUCCUGGGGUGUGGUUCAUGCAUUGUCAUUUGGAGCGUCACACAAGCUGGGGAAUGGAGAUGACAUUCAUAGUUAAAAAUGGAACUGGCGUAAACGAGACAAUGUUGCCUCCACCUCCAGAUAUGCCAAAGUGCUGAUAGAUGACGUAAAUUAUUCAUAAUCUGUGAUCGAUGGGAACAUGAUCAGUUUUAAGGAUUACGUGAAGAGUUCGAUUAUUAAUAAUUGCAGAAAUUAAGGAAUUUUCCGAUCCCAAUUAAAUUUGUUUGCAU